UAUCCAAACUCCCCUAUAAAAGGCCUACCAGUUCAGCAAUUAACCAAGCAAAACCCAGUCCUUUAUAAUCUUUAUUCCCAUGUUCUUAUUCAAUCUUUGAAUGAUGAAGAUUUCUGGAACUCUAACUUCCAUCUUUCUUGGUCAUGUACCUCUCUUGACUAUGUUUUUGCUAAUAACCCAGUUCAGUGUUGCGCAAUCUGAUGCCAAUAUGAUAUCUCAAACUUGCAAGCAGACACCAUACUACAACCUGUGCGUCAGUUGUCUCAGCUCAGACCCUAGAAGCUUCAAAGCAGACGUCCGUGGGCUAGCGCUCAUAAUGGUCAACAUAGUAAAGGCAAAAGCAACCAUGUCACUUCACUUCAUCAACCAGCUGAUUCAGAGGAGGCCAGGGCUAAAGAAACCCUUGAGUUAUUGUGCGGAUAAUUACGACGCAAUUUUAACGGCAGAUAUCCCAGAAGCAGUUGAAGCUUUGCAGAAAGGUGAUCCCAAAUUUGCCCAAGAUGGAGCAAAUGAUGCAGCAAAUGAGGCCGAUUUAUGUGAAGCCAAUUUCCAUGGAAAAUCGCCCCUCACCAAAUUCAACAAAGUGGUGCAUGAUACCUCGGCCACAGCUUCUGCCAUUGUCCAGCAAUUGCUUUGAUAUAUACAGUUGAAUAUCUUUUUUCUUUGAUGAACACCAGUUGAAUAAUAAAAGCUUGUUUUGAAUAAA